GUAUGUACAAGUAGUAAUUACCAUAAUUACGGAGCCUGCCUGCGGUGGAGGUACGGGGUACCGGUACGUGCAUACGGUACGUACCAGUACGUAUCCAUCUCGACCAAUGUUGAUACGGUGCACAGAUACUGUGCACAGAUACUAUUAAAAAUACAAGCAUUCGACAACAAACGCGAAGUUGACGUUGACAUUCCUUUCAUUGAUCAGCUGGGAAUAGUACCUCAUACUCGACAGCAGCUAGACACUGUACCUCUAGUGGAGAGCGGACAAUACUAUGAGCAAUCCGGUAACCAUUCCGGACGACACUGGGUCGUCCUCUGUUCCCCAAAGCGAAACAACCUGGAGCAUCAGAAAAAGCAAUAGCAACGACGGCAAGGAGGACGAAGAGGAUACCGUGUCCAAGACCRCCGUGGCUCUCGGCGGUUUGCGAAAGAGAAAAUCUUUCGCCCUGCUCGACGGAUUCUUUCAGGAUCUCGAAACCGGGGAGCACGAACGCGUAACGAUCGACAUAACGCGACUCCCUGCCAUGCUGGGGCGAUCCAACGAGUCCGACAAGGGAAACCCCMACUUUUUUGGCCUGGGAAAGAAAAAGGCCAUCUCGCGAAAACACUGUAUAAUCUACUACCGCGAUCGGGAGGGAGGUCGCGCCGAGUGGGACGAGAUGGCCGACAGGGUGGUCUACAAGGAUGCGUCCAUGGUGGCAAAGGAAAGCGGUAGGCCAGUGAGCAAAACCCAGCCAAUACCCAAUCCCGGAAUGGGAGGGACCAUCACCAAGGGCGGUAGCGAUGAUUUGCCGAGCAGCGGAUUUUUUGUCGUUGAAUGUCUCGGCAAAAACCGUAUCCUGGUGGACCAGAAACGRGUGGACCAGGGUGACUCGAUGGUCUUGCGACCGGGAUCAGCGUUACGGAUUUCGUCCUACAUGCUCUACUUCAUGCUGCCGAAGGACGCGGUCCCCGCGACGCACAAAAUCGAGAUCCCGCUCACCCAGGAGCAAAAGGACAAGGUUGCCGCUGCCAAGGCCAGCAAGAAGAAAGCCACCGCUAAGGCCUCAAAGACGGCGGCUGCUUCGCCUUCAGUCAAGAAACGACCUGUUCCGACGCUGGCCGCUUCGGCCAUGAAGAAAACCAAAAAGGGCGGGGGCAACAGUGCGGCUGCCACYCUGGCCGAGCUGGAGGCCCUCCCGGUCGAGGACCUCAUUGAGCGCAUGAACGAAGCCGUCACCAAGGGGAUUUGGGAUCGGAAAAACCAGUUUAUCGGGGGCACGAUUUGCUACCACGCUGUUCGGAGCGCCGGGGCUGCCGCCGAGAUUCAGAAAAAGGUUUCCGAGGACGGGGGGGUCUCCCGCAGCGACAUCAUGGAAUGGAUCGAGCAGAGUGACCAGUACGGUGCGUGGGUUCAGCAAAUGCUGACCAACAUGGAACCAAGGUCGUACCAGGCCUCCAUUACGAAGUCCCUGUUAAAGUCCGGCUUUGUCCGGACCUCGGGGGCCGGAAGGUACAUCAAGUGGAUCACACCGAAAGACCUCUCCGCGAAAGCCAAGCACGAAUCGUCCUCUAGAGAAAGCAGCAGCGAGGCUUCCAAGAAAAAAUUGAAGCUAAAAACGAUCAAUUCGGUCCCUUCGGUAGACCGCAGUGAAGAAGGUGGUGCCUCGAGCGAAAAGGGUGACGAAGACGAGGAGGAAGAGGACGAGGACGAGGACGUGGACGAAGGUGAUGAGGGGGUAGACGAAGAGGAGGACAUCAAUGAUGAAAACGAGGAUGAAAACGAAGAGAGCAACAGCCAAAACGACUCCGAGGACGGGGACAACAGCGAAGAAAAUGGAAACUCCGGAGACGAAAUGUCUGUUGAAGAGAACGCCGACAAAGAUUCCGAGAGCGACUAGGACAAUUUUUUGCUGGGAAAAUKGAUUGAUCGAAAUAAAUGAUGCUACUGAGG